AUGUGUUGUGGUCAUGGCGCGCUGCGGCUUCUGGUGUGGCAGCCGUCGCUCACCGGCUCCCAGCUCCGGCAGCUCCACGCCCAGCUGCUCACAUCCUCGCUCCUCGCCGACCGCUUCCUCCCCAACAAUCUCCUCCGCGCAGCCCCCUCGCCUCUCCGCCUCUUCCCCCGCCUCCGCCGCAUCCUCCUCCCACACGCCUUCCUCCCCAACAACUACACCUUCUCCUUCCUCCUCACCGCCGCCGCCGCUCUUCCUGCUGACGCGGCUGCGGCGCCGCGGCGGCUCGUGUGCACGCUCCACGCGCUCGCCGCCGUCUUCGGCUGGGACGCGCACGUCUACGUCGCCAACGGCCUCAUCCACGCCUACGCCUCCCACGGCCUCCUCCGCCACGCGCGCCAGGUGUUCGACGGCAGCAGCCGCAGCAGGGACGCCUGCUCCUGGACCUCGCUACUCACCGGCUACGCCAGGGCGGGGAGCCUCCACGAUGCGCGCGCCCUAUUCGACGAGAUGCCGCACCGGACGCCCGUCGCCUGGAGCGCCAUGCUCAGCGCCCACGUCGGUGCGGGCGGCUUCGCGGACGCGAUCGAGGUGUUCGACGAGAUGCUCAGGGCCCGGGUCCGGCCCAACAGGGCGGCCGUCGUCGGCGCGCUGGCCGCGUGCGGCGCGCUCGGGGCGCUGGAGCAAGGGAGGUGGCUGCACGCUCUCGUUGCCGGGAGGAGAGAGGUGGACGGCGUCGUGGCCACGGCGCUCGUCGACAUGUACGGCAAGUGCGGGAGCCUGGACGCGGCCAGGCAGGUCUUUGCGGGGAUGCCGGAGCGCGACCGCGACGUGUUUGCUUACACGGCCAUGAUCUCGGCGCUGUCGGACCACGGCCGGUGCCGGGAGGCCAUCGAGGUGUUUGACCGGAUGCAGCAGGGCCGAGGGGUGCGGCCCAACGAGGUGACAUUCAUCUGCUUGCUCAGCGCCUGCGCCCGCACCGGGGGGCUCGUCGGCCGGGCCAAGGAGAUGUUCCGUAGCAUGUCCGCCGUCUACGGCAUGGAUCCCGGCGUGGAGCAUUACGGGAGCCUGGUGGACGUGCUCGGCCGCGCCGGGCUGCUCUCAGAAGCCGUGGACGUGGUGCGGGGGAUGCCGAUGAGGCCCGACUCGUACGUGCUCGGCGCGCUGCUGAACGCGUGCUGGGUGCACGGCGGCGUCGACGGCGUGGAGGUUGGGAAGCAGGUGGUGGAGUGGCUGGCGGAGCUGGGGCUCGACCACAGCGGAGUCCACGUGCAGCUGUCCAACAUGUACGCGUGCUCCAGUAAAUGGGAGGACGUGGUGAAGGUCAGGACGGCCAUGGAGGAGAAGAAGGUGGCCAAAGUGCCCGGCUGCAGCAUGGUCGAGGUGGACGGCGUCGCCCACGAGUUCGUCGCCGGCUCGCAUGACCCGUGGAUCGCACCGGUCGUCCGAGAGCUCGAUGGGCAGCUCAGGCUGCUCGGCCAUGACUGUAAUUAUUAUCUCCAGGAGUUUGCUUGA